CCACACAACAGGUUUUGACAUCCCCAUGGACCUACCGAGUCUACUAAGGUUUCUUCGGGAACCAACCAUUGGUAGACUCUUCAGUUCCGAAGGGGUAGAGCAAACAGACCAUGUGUCUGACUCAUUUCAAAACUUUUAAAGAGUGUGUUUAUAAUAGUCCAAAGCAAAAAUCGCAUUAGCGGUUAGCCUUUGGGUGGCCGGAUCCUCAAUAUCCACCCACCCAGACUGUCAAAACAAACAAACAAGAAGGCCGAUAUGAAAGGCAGUAAGGACAUGAUUGACUCUGAUAUCCGUGAUAUGAUAUAAGAUUACUGAGAUUGAUAUCUAGUGCCAUUUAUAAGGCGUCUGUCUGAUUCUUGGCUGGCGCAUGUGUCAACAGGUGUGGAGAAAGUUCGAAGAGGAUCAAAUGCUGCUGAAUUUGAUCAAAGUCAGUUGAAGAUAUGAUAAACCAUGUUUUUCAAAGUCAAAACUCAAUGGUUGGAUUAUUUUAGCGAAUCUGGCUCAAGCAAUAUUGUCAUUAAGUAACAUUGGCCAUAACACUGUUUUUAUACACAUACCAAACUCUCAAGGCAAGGCGUCGAAAAGAAGCAUUUUGACGAGCAACAAUUCUUAUUCGAUAACAAAGGGAAGCGGAGAUUGAAACCUACUGCGAUUCCAACCAUCUUCUCACACACACACACAACCGGUCAAACCACGAAAACCGCCCAUUGAUCGGAAAAAAGACGAACGUAAGUUAGAAGAAAGGGUUACGAUUGCCCUGCAGGACCAUGAAUACGCCAAGAAAGAAGCUCCUACAAUUUUGGUUUCUACGGUUGCAAAUGAUGUUGAACCCAUGUCCGAAAAUGAUGAAGAAUCUACCAAUGGUCUUCUUGAUUUGAUAAUUGAUGAGCAAGAGGGCUUCAAUCUGGAGUUGACGACCAUUAAUCAUGAGCAUCAUAUGACUGUCUUGGAACUUCGAGAAAUGAAACAGGUUUGCCAACGACAAGCGAAGCUGACUCAGUCCAAGAAAUCCGAUGUAGAGCAAUCCGACGUGACAAAAAAGGAAAAGAGUUGUAUGGAUCCUUUAAACACAUUUUUGCACCGUGACCAGCUCGUAGCUCUGGAUAGGCAGUCGAUGAGGGGGCUCAAAUGGAUUGAUGAGACAAUCAAGCAAGGGCUCCAACUCAAAUUUGCUUGUGAUACAAGUGGAUAUGAAACCUUGUUGAAACAAGGGUAUCCCCUUCAAUCUGUCAGGACUCUUCUUGAAAGGACAGAACACAUCGAAUUUGAGCCUGGAAUACUUGAUGACGUGUUUGAGAUGCUGAAGCUGAAGGCUCAGGUUCUUGACCCACAUGAAAGAUUGUGUUGCUUAACCAUGGACGAAUUCGCAGACUCAACAUCAAUUGAUUUUGAUACUAAAGCAGACAUGUUUGUCGGUUAUGUCACUUUGACAGGUCACUCGGGCAUUGCCACAAAAUGUCUUGUAUUUCAAGUCAAUGGACUGUGUACUCGUUUUAAACAAAUCGUGGCUUACCAUUUCACGGGUAAUGCUGUAAACGGGGAGGAAUUGGGACCAACAGUGAAAGAAAUCGUUAAGCGGUUGGCUGACAUUUCACUUGAAUGUCUCUUAGUUACUUGUGACAUGGGAUCAUCAAAUAUGGCAUGUUGGAAAUGAUUUGGUUUAGAUGUUGGGAAAAAAUCGGCUUGGAUCACCUCAAUUUCCCAUCCGUCAUUAAAUGAACGACUCUUCUUCUCGCCAGAUGUCCCUCACAUCUUGAAGAACUUGAGAGGACUUCUUUGCAGUGGUCAAACCAUUACUUUACCAGAAGAAAUUGUCAAAUUAGCCAAUCUCCCAAGUUCCAAGGUGUGUUUGAGCCAUCUUCAAGCCUUAGUGAACUUCGAUGAAGGCAAGAGUCUGAAAGUUGCAUCAAAUCUUACUAAGAAGAUUCUUGCGCCAUCCCAUUUCGAUAAAAUGUCUGUGUGAUCAGCAAUGGCUGUUUGGUCAUUUGACGUGAGUAAUGGGCUGAAAUAUCUAGUGGAAAAGCAUAAUCACAGCCCAGAUCUGCUUUCAACUGCUUGGUUUGUUGGCACUGUCUGUCGGUGGUUGGGAUUGGCCAAUUCCAGAAAACCUUCAAUGGCCCUUAAUUUCAAACGAAUGGAGAAGUACCAAGACGCCAUUGCCCUUCACAAAAAUGUGAUUCUCCUCUUCAAAGAACUGAAAGUGGGGAAUGGUGAGAAAGCCAAAUGGAAACCCACUCAAACCGACGUGAUUAUGGCAACUACCUCCUUACUGUAUUUGCAAGAUGUGUUGCUUAAAAGGCGAGGCUUUCAAUUCUUCUGAACUUCAAGGGGAUCACAGGACGCACUAGAAAACACUUUCAGUGUGGUCAGAACAAAAGGACCCCUUCAUACUCCUAAGCAAGUGAGAUACACAUUGAAGAAUGUCUCAAUCAGCCAGUACACGAAAGAAAAAAAGAACAGUUCUUACGAAUAUGCAGACAGUUCCUUUAUGGUUGAUUUUUUGAAGAAGAAGAGGAAGAAGAAGAUUGGAGUCAAUGGCUCUGACGUAAGUCUUCAACAAAGCCAAGAAAACGAGGAAAAUGACAGCAACAACGAAGACGAGGAUAGAAUCCCAGUGCCUAAACCAAAACUUUCGAAUGAUCAACUUUUGGAGCAACUUGGAUCCGAAGGAGACGUGGUGUUUUACGUGGCUGGGCAUUGCAUCGGAAGACACAAGAGUGCCCCAACAAUACGUAACGUGCGAUGUGUGCCUGUCAUCAUUAACAACGAAGUGCAUGAAAAAUGAAGAAAUGACAAGUUCUUCAACCCUCACCAUCCUAAAGGAUUGGACCGGCAAUAGUCUUACUUACUGUCAGACUAAGGUUUUUAAUGAGGUCUUUAUGAGGGCAGAGGGAAUUUUUCGGACGUUUGUGUCUACUGUAUAGUUGGAGGGUUCCGAAGUCAAAGAAAUCCUUUGGAGACCAUCAAGUCACGGGAGCACCCAAUUUUCACAACAUUGUCCAAUCUUUGGUAAAACAAUACUUUAAAACAAGAUGACAUUGCUAUGGAAAAGAUGAGAAAAAUAAGGUGUUGUCUACUUUAAAGAAAAAGCUAAGCGGCCAUGAAAGAGCAAGUAAAAGUAUUCAAAUGCGGAAAAGUGUGGCCAACAUUGCGUAGCUUCGAACAAAUUAUUGUUGUCAUUAUUAUUGUAUUAUUGUUUUAUCUGUAAGUGAUCUGCAACAAAUACAUCUCAUAUGGGGAGGCAGAUGACCUUAAUGGAAAAUCAUGUCCCUCGUCUUUAUGAUAUUAAUUUGUAGGCCGUUCGUUCUCUUGGCAAUAACCGGCCGUGUAAGCAUUGAUCACAUU